AUGUCAGGGCCGCAUCUCCUCGGCUCAUGUGUGGAGCAGUAUUUCAGCUGGAGGAGGACCUCCGGGAUCACAGAGGGCGAGACCACAGAGGGAGAGACCACAGAGGGCGAGACCACAGAGGGCGAGACCACAGAGGGCGAGACCACAGAGAGCGAGACCACAGAGGGCGAGACCACAGAGGGCGAGACCACAGAGGGAGAGACCACAGAGGGCGAGACCACAGAGGGCGAGACCACAGAGGGCGAGACCACAGAGGGCGAGACCACAGAGAGCGAGACCACAGAGGGCGAGACCACAGAGGGAGAGACCACAGAGGGCUUUAAAAACAAUAUAUUGUAUUAUUGUACUUUGUAA